CUCUGUUAUUUUAUCAUUAUUGGAAUUGAGCGUAGUUAAUAAUUAUAAGUGAUUUAAUUAUUGCUAAGAAUUAGUGCAUAUUGAUUGAUUCGGAACUUCUACUUGGGUAUUUUAUGUAUUUACUUAUUUAAAGAAGUAAUUUAUACCAGAAGUACAUUUUAACAUCAAUAAGGUAUGAAAUAUUUUAAACCUUAAAGUCCAACCAUGAAAUUAGCAAGGUAUAAGAAAGCCCAGAAAUAUUUGAAAUUCUACUACAACAACUAUGCCUUCCGCCAACCUUAUCAAGUCAUGAUGGAUGGAACAUUCUGUUUUGCAGCCUUUCAACAACACAUUAACAUACGAGACCAGCUCCCUAAGUACCUUGAUGGAAAUAUAAAAUUUUUAACUACAAGAUGUAUAAUUAUAGAAACUGAGAAAGUUGCAAAGAAGACACAAGGUGCUCUCGCGAUUAUAAAACAGUUUGGAAUCCACGAAUGUGGUCAUAAGGAACAGAAAAGUGGUUCUGAAUGUAUUUUAUCCAUGAUUGCUGAUGCUAACGAUAAGCAUUAUAUAGUUGCCACCCAGGAUCGUGAUUUGCAACAACGUAUAAAACGCAAGCCUGGAGUACCACUUAUUUACCUACAUAAUAAGUCUCCGACAUUGUUGAAACCUUCAUCAGAAAGUUAUAGCAAAGCAUAUCAGCUGUAUUCUGGAGACUCCAGUAGAUUGAUAAGCGUAAGUCAAACUGAAGCCUUAGAAAAAAUGAAGAGGACUCUCGGUAUUGAAAGUGCUCCAGAAGUAAAGAAAGUAGUAGCAAAAAAACCACAUAACCCAAAUCCUUUGUCAUGCAAGAAGAAAAAGAGAAAGAACAAUGUUAAACAAAAUAUUAAAGAAGGAAAAGUCAGGAAACGAAAAAAGAAUAAACAACAAGUUGUAAUUACGUCAAAAUCCUAACCUAUUCAAUAUAUAUAUAUUUUAAUUUUUUAACCAAAUACUUUUUUUUUAUAAAUCUAAUAUAACUAGCAAGCAACGUAAUAACCCAAACAAUUUACAAAUUUAUCCAUACUGUGAAAUAGUAUGGAUGCCUGAAUUAAAUAUGUUGUUCCCCAGAGAAU